CCGGGAACCGGGGCGUCCGCGACUGAGGGGCGGGACCAGUGGCCGGAAGAGCGGACCGGUCUGUGGGCACUUCCGCUUCCGCCGAGGAGGAGCCUGUGGCGCUGUCAUGAGUCGCUUCAAGUUCAUCGAUAUUGGUGUCAACUUGACAGAUCCUAUGUUCCGAGGAAUUUAUAGGGGGGUUCAGAAGCAUCAAGAUGAUUUACAGGAUGUAAUAGAGAGAGCUAUCCAGACUGGUGUUAAAAAGUUUAUGAUUACGGGUGGAGAUCUGCAAGACAGUAAAGCUGCACUGAAUCUGGCACAAACAAAUGAUAUGUUUUUCAGCACAGUUGGAUGUCAUCCUACAAGAUGUGGAGAAUUUGAAAAGAAUAAUCCUGACAUUUACUUAAUGGAAUUGCUAAAUCUUGCUGAAAACAAUAAGGGGAAGGUUGUAGCAGUAGGGGAAUGUGGACUUGAUUUUGAUCGACUACAAUUUUGUUCCAGAGAUACCCAGCUCAAAUACUUUGAAAAACAAUUUGAACUGUCAGAAAAAACAAAAUUACCAAUGUUUCUUCAUUGUCGAAACUCACAUACUGAGUUUUUAGACAUAAUGAAAAGAAAUAGAGAUCGGUGUGUAGGUGGGGUGGUGCAUUCAUUUGAUGGUACCAAGGAAGCAGCAGCUGCUCUGAUUGACUUGGAUCUUUAUAUAGGGUUUAAUGGUUGCUCACUGAAAACUGAGGCUAAUUUGGAAGUCUUGAAGUCAAUACCUAGUGAAAAGUUAAUGAUUGAAACUGAUGCACCUUGGUGUGGAGUCAAAAAUACACAUGCUGGAUCAAAAUAUGUAAAAACUUCAUUUCCUACAAAAAAGAAAUGGGAAAAUGGGCAUUGUUUAAAAGAUAGAAAUGAACCCUGUCAUAUAAUUCAAAUACUGGAGAUAAUGUCAGCAGUAAGAGAUGAAGAUCCACUUGAAUUAGCCAAUACACUCUAUAACAACACCAUUAAAUUAUUUUUUUCCUGAUACUGGUAUAUCUUCCAUUUUCCAUCAUGUAUGUUACAAUUUCAUGAUAAAACUGACUUUAAGUUUUAAUAAAGAAAAUUCUCUGGAUGUCAUCUAAA